UCGUCGUGCUGCGCCCCACGGAACUUGGCUGCCUGUCUUUCGCGUCGCCCGGACGGCGUGCCGCGCUAUCGGCGUGCUGACGGCCACGGGACUCUCGCCUUCGAUGCGAGAUAAACGUGCGCGAACAAGCGACAGCUCCCCCCCGUCCAUCAUCUCGGUUUAGCCGCGCCGCUCCCGAGAGAGGUUGUUCCGUGGUGAUGUGACGCGGACGCAACCGCAACAACAACCACCAUGCGGCCCAUCAUCAUUCCGGUGACCACGGGCCCUCCAUCACCGCCGUCCACGCCAGCCAUGCCCUCGCCGCAAGGGGCAGAAUGCGCUGCCGGCCGGCGAGGUGGGCCAGCCGACGGGUCCCGCUGUACGGCCAUGUCGCGGUCACUUGCGCAGUCGAAGUCGAGGAGCCUGCCCAACCGACAGCCCAUAGACCCGAGAUCUCUGUUCGCGGCCUUGAGACGCGAGGAAUCCCAGGAGAAUGGAAAAGCCGACGGGCGCAAGCGCAAGGACAGUUCAGUAGACGAGAGUUCCAUCAGCUCGGACACAUCGUGCUCGUCGCUCGAGUUCCACCGUCCUCACAGCGCCGGCGUCGAAGCUUCCAGAUCUCCUUAUCGCAACAGCCCUGCGAGACUCGACGCUGCGGCGGGCUGUUCCGGCUUGACUGCCAGCUGCGUCAAAGGCUCCACAGAGAGCCUCACUCGCCGUGAACGCCUGGACGCCGUGAAAGCUAGAGUCGAGGCCAAACGAAGCCAGUACGGCGGCGGCUCGUCUUCCGAUGAGGACGAGGACGUCACCUGGCGAGAGAACGGCAAGGUAACCAGGCCCAGAAGGAGGUCGCGCGAAAGCUCUGCACCUCCGCGUCCGCUGGUUCCCAUUUGGCAAGAGAGCAAGGCUUACCAGGAGCCCAACAAUAUGGUUCGCAGGGCGGGGGCAGUCACACCGCUUACGGUGACCACCACGUUCCAGGGUCCAGCUGCGCCAGUACAACCUUCUCCUCAGGACUCGGGAGUGAGUUCCCAGUCAGUUGCGUCUAGUCCAAGCCUCGGCCGCGCUCCUACGCCGCCACCGAGGCGAACCCCUUCCAGGGCACUCACGAGAGAAUCUUCCCUGCUAGCAGCAAAGCCCAGGAGGCAUUCGGCUUCUUUUGACCAAUGGCGCUUGGAAGACAGCGGCAUUGGCUCAGAGCGGAAAGAUAGUAGCUUCUACAGCUACGCGGACCUGACUCCCACUCAUGGUGUCAAAGCGCGAGUUCGUGGACCAGCGUACUCUUACACCGAUCAAGCCCCUCCCAGACCUGACUCGGCUGGGGCUUACAUGAGCGAUCCUCAGAGGACAGACAUGAGAUUCUUUGGCCUGGCGCCCGGACAUCGACGAGCGUCCAUUUCCGCGGAGGUUCUCGACUUGACGCCGAGGUCGGACACGCCUCCCCGGCGACCCCGACCUCUCUCCAUGGUCGUCGAAAAGACGAGAGAUGUUCCCCCACCUGUGCCCCGGCAACGUCCCGUGACAGGAAGCACCAGCAGCCUCGAAGCUGCAAGGCGUCGGCUGGACGAUGUCAUUCAGCGCGAGAGAGAUAGGCGUUCCUCGGCGAACCUUGAGACUGCGCUGAACGAACUUGAAGAGAUCUACAACAGCUUGCGCUUGAACGAGGACGAGGACCUGCUGUAUCGCGCUGAGCGACGAGAUCUGCCGACCAAGUUUCAACUCAACCGCCCUGGCGCAGACACCGUUUUACCAGAGGUGGCUUAUCCACUAAAGAGAAGCUGCAGCGACGACAUGUCGUUCAUAUCGAGUUUGCGACAACGAGCCCCGUCCAUUAGGCGCUCGGCGAUUCCUGACAAGGUGGCCGACGACCUCGCUAACCGCCGCCUGGCCCAGCCGCAGCCACCGGCCCGGAACGGAGCACAUACACCGCCACCGCGUAAGGACGUGAGCUACAUGCUUUGUUCCGCAGCAUUCACGCCGUCGCUUCAUGUUCACCCUGCUCUCAUGGACGUGUCCCUUUCUGGCGAGCCCGAUAUUGAGAAGGACGACAUGUGCUAUCGCAACUAUACUCAAGCCGAUGCGCUGCGCGUUCCACCGCCUCAACCGCCUUUCGGUAUCCCGUUGCUUCCGACUCAAGGCACAACGUGUGACUACAUUAGAGCAAGGCCUUCCGACGCGCCACGGCCUCUCACGAGGCCGAAGGUUCAUCCGGACUUGGUGCGGGACGACAUGGCCUUCAGAAACUUAAGGAAAGACCCCGCCGUAUCACUAGCCGCACGGCGCUCGACGCGCGCGCUGUCGGUCAGCGUCGGCUCCAAGGCGACCUCGUCUUCUGAUAAGCAGCACGACAAGUCCCAAAGCAUGACGAGCAUCAUGGAAGCGCUGCAGAAGGAGUCCCAGCGAUGGAAGCGCCUCGAUGAAGGCGUGACACAUGCGCCGAACUCUGCUCCCGGAACCAAUAACCACGUCGCGAACGGUCCAGACUGGAGCGCCGCCAGGCAGCGCAAGAAGAUUGUCCCAAUGGAAGACUGUCAGCUGGACGCUUUGCUCGCUUCCCUGACCCCUCCUCCGGUACCGACACCAGGUGAGCGGCGACUCAGGACAGGAGUUCGCAUCCCGGCAUGAUUUCUCACCCGGCGUCUAACUCGAGUAACCAACCCAAAGUGAAACUGCGCAUGCCGUCUUACUACAACGACUGGCCACACUUAACGCCCUCGCACACCUGGAGCUGCCCUGUAGUGUAGUGGAAGGUCGUGUGUGUGUGUGUGUUCGUGUGUAUGCGUGCGCCUCCACUUGUGCCUAAUGAGCUUGUGUACUGAUCUGCGCUGCGUGUUGCGCCAUUGCACUGACAUGGUGGUGAUCCGACCUGUGUCGUUGGAUGCUGUGACUGGUCAAGCGUCGCCUGGCAUUACUUACGAGCUUUUUUUUUUUGUGCUAUCGGCGGCCUGAGUGAAUGUUGUGCGGCGUCGCAGUGGCGAUGAUUAAUAACGCUUGUGACUUCUGUCGACAGAACUCAAUUAUAAGGUUUGCGGCGAAGUAUUACGUUUUUCCUGCAUUUGGUUUCUUUUUUUUUCCCCUUCUAUCAAGAAUUACUGCCAUUUAUUAAGCAAACAUUCGUGUGUUCGCCGAGAAACGUUUUUGUUGGAACUACAGAGUCUAGCAGAGCGAGGCUCUGCUAGUCAUUUGUACAGCUCGCAUCUAGUUGGGCAGUACCGGCCAGAGGACACUUAGUUUUCGUCCGUGCAAUAGUGUCUCAUGUUUUUAUACUAUUAUACUAUGAUUUAUACGAGUGUCUACGAUUACAAUUGUAGGAACUUAAGGAGCUAUGAUACCAAAGCAUGUAGAGAAAUAAAGACUUAAGAAACAGAGUAUUACGAUAACAGAAAAAGCGAACAUGUUAUAUUAGAUCUCUGUAAAGAUACGAGAUACCCAGUGACAGUGUUGUCGGAGGAUUUGGGAAUAUAUUUUGUAUAUACAUAUAAUUGUUUUUUGUGAGCUGAUGUGAGAUAUAUGUCAUGCUUGAUAGUAUAUCUUUGUACGACGCUAGUUCCUAACUCUUGGCGUGUUAGCGACUGUGUGUGCUUGUGUCUGCGAAUGUGUAUGUACUGAGUGCCAAUGAAGAUUAGUGCUGUUGA